AGACAACCCAAUAAAAAAGAGGGUGAGCGCAACUAUGAUGAAUCACCAUGGUGAUCGAAUAAACAGUCGAGGGAAAGAUUUCAACGUGAUUUCAACGCAGAAGGAUGCUCCGGUGGUAAACUUCAAAACCCGUUUUUAAGUUUCCUGUUGUUUUUGUGUUUCCAGAUAUCAUAACGGCCCCCGGAACGUGAUGGAUGAUCAACCAAAGGCGGAGGGAGAAGCAGACAAGAAAAUUGUUCAUGUGUAUCCUCUAGUUAAGUUUUCCGAUAUGAAUGACGAUGUCCGGACCGAGGCGAUAGAAUUGAGCAUUACAGCCUGUGAGAAAUAUGCACAAAAUUACGAGCACGCAGCGAAGGCGAUCAAGGAGUUGAUGGAUAAAAAGUUUGGUACCUUUUGGCACGUGGUCGUUGGCGAAGGAUUCGGCUAUGAGGUAUCGUACGAAACCAAGAGCAUUCUUUACUUGUUUUUUGGCGGAAAUUUGGCAAUUGUCCUGUGGAAGUGCUCUUAGGUUUCGUACUAGGGUAUGAAUUAGAGGAAAGUUGGCUAUGUAAUAAAAUGUAACGUAUUUCCUUGUCAAUAGUUUGUUUUGUAUUUUUUCUUGUUUGUCUGUAAAUAGUUUUGACUUUUCGUUUGCUUGAAAAUUUUUUUGAAGUUUAUGUCCAAACUUGUACAUUUAGGCUGGUAGUUUGGACGUUUAUUUCAUGAUGUACAAAGUGUACAAAAGGUGUUGAUGUAUUUGAGGGAACAGCCAAGAUUGUGUUUGUAAAUUUAAGAUGCAUUUACGAAACCUUUGGCCAAUUUUGCUGUUUCCCAUCUGUACAAUGUACAUAUAAUAUAUUUCUCACGUUCUGCAAUGCUGUUCUACUCAAUUUUGGAACAAGCAACGUCAUUUUCAAGCAAAGAAUGUAUAUUGGAAAAAUUAGAAUUGUCCGGAAUCACGGUCUUUGUUAUUAAAUAAAUUUAUUACUUCGCACUUAACAAUGAUUUAUGCACUCUAUAGUUUAUUGCACAUGUAAAAUCUGCUUACAGACCAUUAGUGAACGAAUAAACCUGAACAUUGGCUAUGACUGCAACAACUAGAACGUAUUGAUAAAAUAGUUUCAUUUUUCAUCGUCACAUUGCUAGAAACAUUACGCGGCUGUGAUUAGUUUAUAGCUUUAUAGUCGACUCUUGAUUGUUGCAUUUCACUUUUUGCGCUUCAGUCUUUUGAACAGCAUCUUUCAAAGCAAAGUUUUAUGUUUAUUUCGCAUGAAUGAAUAGUACACUACCUUAAAGUCCUAAAACAGAUGGUGAGUUAGCAGAUGAAGUUCUUCAAAUUUAUCGAAAAUCUGUCGCAACGAUAGGGUUUGGUUUGCAGUUAAAGGCCGCUAUUGAAGUCCUAGGCCUCUCGUCAUUUAGAGGUCUGCUCUAACCUGGUCAAGCCAACUAACACGUUGGACUUAUCUGGUUCUGGGUCGGUGGGGCAUUCUCGCGAGAUGUGUGGCCUGUUGUAGCCUCCCGACUUUCGUCAAGUGUCCAAUGGGAAGCUAUCCGAGUAGUGCUCCAUAAGCCUGCGCUACUCCCUGUUUCGGUUUGUACUUUAUCAAAUUAUAUCCGCUACGCUUUUCGUUCGAAUAUGGCCAGUACGCGUAUGUCCUCCUUGAGCAGUGCUACGGUUGCAAGUCUACUGGUUUAAUUGAAGUUUUGUACAUCGUCAGUUUUUUGCCCCUGGAUCAAAGCGUCCUGCCUGAAUGCGCUAUUAGAUCACCUUAUUUAUGUUAUUAAGGGUGGUUACCAGGGCAAGAACUCGUCUACCACUUGGAGCUCAUCGUCGCCUCAGAUCAUCGUCCGUUGGAGACGAAUAGUAUUGGUUUCUCUUCCUUCCACAUUUUUUUUUGUAUGCCUGAAGCGCAUUGGGCAGAAGUGUGGCUGGCUCCGAUUGCUUUACACAGAUUACAGGUUGCUCGAACUCAUUGAUGGAGUUGAGCUAGUUGGUUGUAAGCUUGUGCCACAGUUCGAAACAACAUGGUUGAUGAAACCAGUGACCGUUUUGGGAUUGGUGCCUCAUACCUGGUAUGGAGUUGAAAGGUAACUUCCGAAGAAGUUGAACCUCGAUGAAGCAGAGCUCCGCAAAAACAGAACAAAUGCACUGCGCCCCUCAGGUUCAGCGUUGCAGAAGCGUCAAUUAUCGGUUGGGACUUUGCCGAUUUUCUUUAACCCGUAAAGACCCGGGACGGAACUUGUUUUUUGGAAAUGCUUGUUCUCAGCACUGGAACGGCCGAUUUGGGAAACCUUGGAAUUUUAUUCAAGGGGAAUAGUUGCUCUAAGUUUUGGUAAAGAUGCCACCCCUUUGGACCCCUCCCCGUUUUUGUGAGACGCAAAUAUGUCUGUGUUUUUCCAAAUUUUUCAAGCAGACUGAGCAAACGUAUCAACUGCUCCAUGUAUCAAAUCGUGUCAGGUGGAUGAAAUAUAAUAUGUAAGAGUGAAUUUUGGAGUUUACAAAUUAUUUUAGUACAAAAUCACAAAACUACAUAUUUUUAUAAAAAUUCAAACAACAAAACCGUUAUUCAAAUUUUAAGCUCUACAUUUUUGCGGUAAGGUCUCCUGAAUCCAUACGCGAUGAAAUAUUUAUUUUAGCAUGCAAACAUUUUGAGAAAAACCAGUUUAAAUUCACCAAAGUACGUAGUUUCAUGGAAACCUGAUUUUCUCAGUCUCCCAAGGUAGGUUUCAACUAAGCUCUUAAAUUUUCAAGCUCUAUAUUUUUAGAGUAUCGUCUUCUGAAUCCAAAGAUGGUGAAAGUUUUUUUUCUAACAUGCACAGAUUUGGAGAUGUUGUGAUUAAAUAAACUAGCAACACAGUCAGUAAUAAAAAGUUAUUUCCUCCUGUACACACGCGUCGUUAUUAAGAUCCUCAACAUUUUGGCGACGAGGAUAGAAAUUUGACCAAUUCUGCAAAAAGGAAGAUUAAAUUCGCUCUGGAGGAAACGGUUUCAUUCAGUAACUGUGGGGUUACGGUGAUAAAACGUCGUUUUCAUUGAAAAUUACGUAGUAACUACGUCAGUGAGUGCACAUAACCUCAAAGUUUGCAACACGAGGUAGGACGUAAAAAGGCCAAAUAAAUGGAAAACAACAAAGCUACAUUGCUACCUUUCGAUACAUCGGAUGUUCCGUCAAUCGGUACCCGUUGGCGAAGAUGGAAGCGAUCAUUAGAACUGUUUUUAGACGUUAACUGCAUCGCUCUUCCUUCUCGAAAAAAGUCGUAUCUGCUACAUUUUGCUGGAACCCAAGUCCAAGAUAUAUUCUAUGAUCUGGACAAUCAUGACGCUGCACCGCCCCAGGGAUCCGAUGUUUACCGCGAAGCAGUCAAGCUUCUAGAUAAUUACUUUGCGCCCUUAGCGAGCGUUCCGUACGACCGUUUCGUUUUUCGCAACUUGAAGCAAAGAGGACGAAUCCGUAGAAAAGUUCGUAGGCCACCUUCGGGAACAGGGCCGUCUGUGUGAGUAUGGUGCAGCACUAGACAUGCGAAUAACAGAGCAAGUGUUCGACAAUUCUCAUUCUGACGACCUCCGUGAGGUAAUUUUAAGAAAGAAGCUUAUGCUGGUCAGUGAAAUCAUAGAAGAAGCUGGAAACGAUACAGCGAAACAAAAUUGAAAUGAAAAAGAGUAGUGUGACUACGGACGAUGGCACUAUUAGCUUCGUGAGAAAAAAAAUGAAAAAAAGGAUGUUUGUUUUCGCUGUGGAAACUCCGGUCAUUUUCUGAACGACAAAAGUUGUCCCACGAGAAACAAAUCUUGUGACAAAUGUAAAAUCGUCGGACACUUUCGUGAAAUGUGUAAAACAAAAUCGAGCUCAAAACUUUCCACAAAAUCAACCAAAAAGAGUGUAAGGCAAGUAUAUCGUUUUGAAGAGGAAAGCAGUGAUUCGGAUGUCAGCAGCGAUUCGGAUGAUUCAAGCAGCGAAAAUAACAUUAAGCAGAUCUACACUAUGGGCUCGAAUCACGAAAAAGCGACGUGCUUCACAGGCGGAGUUAAAAUAAACUGGGUGAUAGAUUCUGGUGCACACGUAAAUGUCAUCAGUCGCAAAACAUGGAAAGUCUUAAAACGUAACGGUUGCAAGUUCCACGAAGUGGCCAAAUUACGAAAUCAUCUUCGGGUGUACGGAGACGGAAAAAUAAAAAUUCACCGAGUCAUAAAGGCGGUUAUUGCAACGCGUACGAAUAGCGUUGAACGGGAAAUUUAUGUGGUAGAUAGCGAAAACGGUGAUAAUUUGUUGAGUAAGCAAACAUCAAUGGACCUAGGGGUUCUUGAAAUUCAUGGCGAAGUUUUUAGCGUUAAAGACAAGAAACCACGGCACAGUGGGGAAUCGCUGGCCAUCAGUCAAAAAAAAUUUUUUUCGUUAGCUGUUUCAUAAUAUUUUUCCUUUUUUGCUAUAACAUUCAAGUGUCUAAAUCCAAAAUGUGGGUGCAAUAUCACGAAAGCUGAAUUUUUUAUGACUUUUCAAAGUUUGGCGAAGUGACGUUUUUUGUCUUUUUUUUUGAAAAAAAGUACAUUACUUUGAAACGCUCUGUAGCUUCAAUGAUAGCUUGGAUUUUUUUUGAUGUCAAAGAAAAAGUUGUUGUAAAUAUUGUGCAAAACAAACCCUUUUCAUUAGAUAUUGUAAAAUUCGGUUAUAAUAGGCCUGACACAAGAAAAAAUUUAAAAAACAUGAUUUUUUGUAGAAAAGUAGCUUAAAAGUUUAGUUGCCGCAGUUUGCCACGGUUGUGACUACAUUCAAAAUUCAGGUAAAAACGUAAGCUUUCAAAUGCAUAUUGUCCGCUGCUGCGCGAAACUGCGCAAAUUGUCACUUUAGUGAAAAAAGCGAUAGCAGUUUUUUUCAUUUUUUUUGAGGUUGAAAUUUCAUCCAGGAUUAAUUUAAUCAUAACCAUGAUACCCCAUUACGUAAAUUUAAAUAAAAAUUUGGGCAAAAAUUACGAAAUUUAUCAAUUAAAAGUUAUAAAAUAAGUGUUAAAUAAGAAAAUAGUAAACAAAUUUUUAUGAAGCUUUUAAUUAUGUCAAACUUUAUCACUUUCUGCAAAUUUAAAACAAUAUUAAAAACAUUCAGCCCUUUUCAAUUUAUGAUCAUGCAAUCCGAUAAACUGAUUGAAGUGUUAAAUACCAGCAGCAAAUUCAUACCAUCAAACUCCGGCUAACAAUAGCCCGUUUGAAUAUUGCUUUUGCUUCGCGCUCGUUUGCAUACAAAAGUAAAGCACACAUUUUGCUUUAUGAGCAAAAAACAUCAAAAAACAUCCUCCGCAUCUUUUCGUAUUCAUUUAGAACGUUGUGUCAUUCCAGUGUCUUGGUUUUCAAAUUCAUAAAUUCGUCGAAUUUUAUUAUGCAGCCUUCAACUUCAGCGGCACCAUCUAAUUUAAUGUCUAGUAAGUUGUCAAUUCAUGGUGUUAUACAUGUAUUUAAAUGUCCUCUUUCAACCAUAGAAACCGGAUUAGGAAGAUAAAGUAUAUAUGAAACAUCGAAAAUUACUAGAAGAAAUAAAAAUUGCAGCGAAAGACGUUUUUCCUGCUGAUAAGUAUAAUGAACUUCAAAUUUUCUGGAAACGAUUCAACACGAGAUUUAAGCGAUCACAGCGGAAGAUGAUGAUGCUGAUGAUGUUUUUUUCAAUUUGUAAUGAGUUAGUAUUACUUAUGUUGUUUUAGUUUAUUAAAAAAAAUAUAAUUAUAUUUAGGCAAAAUUUGUUUAGAUCGAGGGGUCGUCCAUAAAUUACGUAUUUUUUCAAUAGGGAUGACGCCCGGUGGCACUACUGGUGGUAAAAGAUCAUAUAAUUCUAUAAAAAAGGAAAAAAGUGCCAAAAAAUAUUGAAAAUUGGAUUUCGUGCUUUAUGGACGGCCCCAAACAAAAAAUUGAUGCCAAAUUCGUGUUCAGCGCCCCUAAAUUAUGUAAAUCCUAAGUUUUUGUCGCAUUUAUCGACACUUUUUUUGCAUGGCCAGCCUUUGUAUGGAGUCGCCCCACUGUGCACGGGUGGGAAAAUUGAAAAAUGUGCAAAUAAAUAUACAACUUAACGACAGUGGCUUACCGAUACAACAACCAACAACCAUAACUCCUAACGCGUAUUAUCGAUACAAAAGACUCAUGUUCGGCAUGAGUUGCGCUGCCGAAAUUUUCCAACGGGAAAUUGAGCAGGUGUUAAAAGGCCUAAGAGGAGUUAAAGUUUUUAUAGAUGACAUCCUCGUAUAUGCUAAAUCCAAAGAAGAACAUGAUUCAAAGCUCAAAUCCGUUUAGACAAACUGAGAGCAGCUGGGUUGACAGUCAAUAUGAAAAAAUGCGAGUUUUGUAAAACGUCCGUUGAUUUCAUGGGUCACACUUUGUCCGAGAAAGGAAUUUUACCAACAAAUGAUAAAGUGAACGCUAUUCAGUCAUUUAGGCCUCCCCAGAAUUCUGUAGAAAUGCGCAGCUUUUUAGGUCUAGUUAAUUAUGUUGGCAGGUUUAUCCCAAAGCUUUCAGACACAUCAGCACCGCUGCGAGAAAUGACUGUUAAAGGUAAUAAGUUCGUUUGGACUAACGAAAGGAACGUUGCUUCGAGAAAAUUAAAGCUACCCUGUCCAACCCACAGUACCUCGGUUACUAUAACCCAAAACAUCGGACCACACUUGUUACAGAUGCUAGUGACAACGGGCUAGGAGCAGUUUUGUUACAGACUUCCAACGGAAGAUCUCGUGUCGUGUCGUGUCGUGAUCUGGUGAAUCAACAUAGCAGACCCGCUUUCGAGACUGGCGGAAAUUUUGGACAGCAAAACUUUUGAUAGAAAAUCAGAAGCUGAGUUAUGCGCUAUAGUGGAGGCAAGUAGACCGGUGGCAGUAGCAAUGGCUGAAAUUAUCCGAACUUCACGCGAAGAUGAAGAAAUUCAGAAAGUAAAGGCAGCACUACAGCUUAACAAAUGGGAUGAUGCCAUCAAAGGAUACGCACCGUUUCAAAGCGAGUUGUGUGUCGUCGGUGAAAUAAAAUUUGUGUUUACGCGAUGCGAUAUUAUGCUUGGCACAUACCGGUCAUCCUGGUCGCGAAAAGAUGAAGCGAAGGUUGAGAGUCGCAGUUUGGUGGCCCGGUAUCGAUACAGCAGCCGAGAAAAUAUGCAAAGAAUGUUUCGAAUGUCAGCUUGUUGGUCAGUGCGAUAAACCUGAACCGCUACGCGUUCGUGAAUUACCUGCUUGGUAUCACCUCUCUGGUGACUUUCUAGGGCCCCCACCUGACGGUUUCUUUGUAUUUGUUCUAAUCGAUUUGUAUAGUCGCUUUGUGGUGGCAGAACCUAUGAAAUCAACUACAUCAGGCGAUGUCAUUCGUUUUCUAAAAAUGAUAUUUACUAGAAUGGGACUACUAAAUAUAUUGACCUUUGAUAAUGCGAAAAACUUCUCUAGUUUGGAGCUUCAGGAUUAUUGCGUGGACAACGGUAUUAGACUAACUCAUACUACUCCCUAUUGGCCAAGUGCAAACGGGGAAGUUGAGCGUCAGAACAGGUCUUUCCUCAAAGUGAUCAAAAUAAGUAAACACCAAGACAGAGACUGGAAAGAAGCUCUCCAGGAAUAUUUAUACAUGUACUCUCUAACACCGCAUUCCAUAACAGGAGUAGCGCCCGCGCAAUUGAUGUUUGGUAGAAGAUUUCGGGACGUGAUCCCGCAUUUUCAGCCUGAUGCCAAUAACGACGAACAAAUGCGAGAUCGAGAUAAGGUGUGUAAAUAUCAGGCCAAAACUGUGAGAGACAAGAAAGUCGGGGAAAAACAGUCAUCAGUAGUAGUCGGAGACGAAGUAUUGAUGAAAAACUUGAUUCCACAGAACAAGAUGUCCACAGGUUCCUUCCGAGUCCAGCAACAGUGGUCGGGCGUUAUGGAAACAGUGUGACCUUCAAACAGAAAAUGGACAAAUCGUCAAGCGGAACACAUCCCAUGUGAAGAACCUGUUACGUCCGCUAUCCAAUGAACAAGUAUCAGCAGAACUCGGCAAUUGCGACGAGACAGCUAGAACUACGAAUAACGGAGAGUCAAUGUUACCGCAACGACCCCGCAGAGAUGUGUCGCGCCCUAAACGUUUUGAUGAUUAUUCUCUUGACAUCAUAAACUUUCAAUUAAAAGGAUAAGAGAUAUGUUGUGAUUAAAUAAACUAGCAACACAGUCAGUAAUAAAAAGUUAUUUCCUUCUGUACUCACGCGUCGUUAUUAAGAUCCUCAACACUGAACAACCACUCCCUAUGCUCCCUGACUCGGCCAGUCUCACUUGUAACUGAAUAGUACUGAGAUGUGAAAAACUCCUUAACUGCUUCAAUUGAAAGCAAGUGAUCGUCCCUAAAAAGCCGGUUGGGUUAAUUUUCUACAAAGUUCGGAAUGAAUCGAAUUAGGUUUUUUUCCUAGAACAUUUCCACCGAAUAAAAGCUCGUACAGUUACUCGUCAUUCCGGGUUGCCACUCGCAGGAUGAUCCUCGUACUAUUAUCUCCAGCAGCGUUAACCCGCCAAUUCCAACACUUCCGCAAGCAAGGUACAUUGUAGCCGCCAGAUCGAGAGGUACUCCUGUAGGGAGGUCGGUGGUUUCGGAGCCGCAGGCAAUGGCACAACGGCAGCGCCUGAAUAAGAUUAUUAAGUCGAUUUUUCCGAUAAAUCGAUACGUGGCGGUAGUGAUGGACGACGAGACCUGUCUCACCCUCUACGGCAACGACUGGCAGGGCACUUCAUAUUUUACUCCCCCACGAAGGAAGUGAGCACCAAGGUGAAGUUCAUUUCGCACGCCACGUUCCCAAGAAGGUGCUGCUGUGGCUGACAACGCACCUGCCAUGAACGGAGAAUUUUAUUGCGUGGUUCAUCGAGAAAUAUCAUUAGGCCGAAGACGCGGUGUUUUGGCCGGAUCUGGCGUCAGCCCAUUACUUGAAGCGAUUGUUGGGGAAGCUGGAGCGGCUGAAUAUCGAUGUGGUACCGAAGUUGGUGAACCCGCACAACGUCCCCAAGUUGCGUCCAAUCGAGGAUUUCUGGGUGAACCUGAGGCGUAAGAUCUACUCCAACAAUUGUGUCGUGAAAACAGAGGAGGAAUUGAUAACUAAAACGAAGAAAGAACUCAAAAACAAAACAAACGCAUGUUUUCGUCCGCCAUGGCGAAUGUUUUGGUUAACUCCCAGAAGGCCACUCGCAAGGGCGUAAAAUUUUUUUGCAGGUAAGCUAACAUAAUUAGCUUCCAUGGGAAAUUAUAUUUAUUUAUUUUAUUAAAGAAAGGGACACGAAUGUUUUAGAAAAUAUAGAUUGGAAACAAUGAAGAUUACAGUUGCAUUUACUACUGUAUGUUUUUCGGAGCAAGAAACUGUACAAUAACUAGGAUGCCAAUACGCAAAUUUUAUUGUCAUUAAAAGGUUAGUUUGAUUACGUAUCGGUUGUAUCAGUUUGUUGUGUGCACUAAAACAAAUGCCACUUUCCGCAGCAAUAAAAAGUAGAAACACCAC